AUGGGAUGUGCUGAGCUGGCCCCAGCAGCAGGACAACAGUCAAACAGCUCCUCUCGUGCGCAGCGACCCGAGAGCGCGUGUCGCGGGGUGUGCAUUGCCAUGAACGCGCAAAUAUCCACAACUGCAGGUAUAAAACUGAAGCGCCAGGAUCUCUCAGAGCUCUACGCGAGGCAGGCGGUGACUGUGUUUGAGCAGGAGCACUUCCAGGGAAAGUGCCUGGAGUUCACCUCCGAGUGCUGCAACGUCCAGGACUGCGGCAUGGAUAACAUCCGCUCCAUCAGGGUCGAGAGCGGCGCCUGGGUGGGUUACGAGCACCAUGACUUCCAGGGCCAGCAGUUCAUCCUGGAGAGAGGAGAGUACCCACACUGGGACUCCUACAGCGGGAACAUCUCCUACCACGUGGAGCGCCUCAUGUCCCUGCGCCCAAUCUACUGCGCUUCCCACCAGAGCAGUCGCAUGAUGAUUUUCGAGAAGGAGAACUUCCUGGGACGUACUGUUGAGAUCUGCGAUGACUACCCAUCUCUGCAGGCCAUGGGCUGGAUGUGGCCUGAAGUUGGCUCCAUGCAUGUGCAAUGUGGCGCCUUUGUGUGCUACCAGUAUCCAGGCUACAGGGGUCAGCAAUACAUCAUGGAGUGCGAGAGACACAGCGGAGAUUACCAGCACUGGAGGAACUGGGGGUCCCACAGCCAGACCCCUCAAAUCCAGUCCAUCAGACGCAUCCAGCACUAG